UUCUCGCUAGCGAUUAAAAACCUAUAGAGUGUAUUUUGAAAAGAAAAAGAAAUGACGCUGUUUGGUGUGCUGGUCCUUGCGACUGUGGUUGCGGUGGCCAAUGGUGCCGUGUCUAUUGCCCAAGGCCCCUGCCCAGAGAAUGUGAAUGUCGGCGACGAAUGGGAUGAGCCGAACUGUGUGUCGUGCAGUUGCUUUGAUGGCUAUUACACUUGCUCAUCCUGUGGUGCGAUGGAAAUUGACUAUGAUAAAGAGAACUGCCGCCUUGAAAUAGAUUUGACUUUACCUCCACCUGACUGCUGCUUCCCAGCAGUCGUCUGCAACACCACCGUUGUCAAGGUGACGGCCGCACCAACCACCAAGGCGCCACACAACUUCCUGAACACCUACACCAAAGCGCCCAAAAACGAACCGUACAAGUUCGUCCUCUUCAAGGACAUCCACAAGAAGGCCGAUACGACAACCAAGAAAGCAACCCCAAAGCCAACCCAGAAAACAACAACAACCCGUAAGGCGACAACCAAGAAACCAGCCCAGCUCCCUAAAAAUUGGUUCGUCAAAGCUUAGUCCCCCUGAUGAGGAUUAUCUCUAAUAAUAAUUUUAAAACAUCUUCUAAGAUGAAUUAUCAGACAAAGUCAAUAAAUUAAUAAAACCCAUAGAGCUAA